AUGCCUCAAAAAGAAUCUGUUUCAACCGACAAGGCACCACCGCCAUUGCCCUUCUUCUCCCAGGCCAUCAAGUGUCAAGGAAUGGUUUACUGCUCUGGUAGCAUUGGAAUGGAUGUCACUACCAUGAAACUUGUCGAAGGAGGAAUUGCUGAUCGAACCAGACAAUCACUCCUCAAUCUUCGGGCGGUCCUCGAGGCAGCUGGCAGUAGCAUUGAUAAUGUGGUCAAAGUCAAUGUCUUCUUGACCGACAUGCAAAAUUUUGCAGCCAUGAACAAUGUCUAUGCAGAAUUCUUCCAUAAGGAUCCCAAGCCAGUUAGAACAUGCGUUGCGGUACACCAGUUGCCAUUGGGAACAGAUGUGGAAAUUGAAUGUACAGCUCAUCAGUAA